GACACCUGAAGCUUCAGACAUUCUAUGUCUUGGAUACGAGAAGAUGACACCACUCAACCAUAUCUAGGCUAUGGAGUAGAAACAGAUGAGCGGUUUAUUUAUUGGCAACUAUCAUAAUAACAGUGGGCUAUUUGAUCAUAAUUUACCACGUAGAGGAAAUCAUUGGAGACUUGGACAGUGGAUAAUUACCUUGGAGAACAACUUUUAGAAUACAAUGGAAUAUAAAGUUAUUUGCAGUUCUGUAUAGAGUUAUGGCGCUAUAACUGGAGUUUUACAGACUGCUGACACAGCUAUGCAAUCAUCUCAGACUACCUCGAUUCACUACGCCAUGCACGAAUCACAGGAAUCUCAAAUCUUACCUUUUUCAAGGGCUACAGGAGGCAACUUCUUCCCUAACCAACCAACCGGACACUGCACGGAUCCGCCGCACGGCCAGCUCAAGUUUGACUCUCAUUCUUUUCUGGAAUAUAAUGGGAAUAACGGUCUCUACAGUCCCGGGAUGUAUGAGUUUGGGUUCCCCACCUCUUACGGUUGUUACGGAUCUUAUAUGGGCUCUUCACCUCUCCCCACGGACACAGAGAAAGAGGAGAAGGAGCCAGAAGUCCGAAUGGUAAAGGGAAAACAAAAGAAAGUCCGGAAGCCCAGAACCAUCUACUCCAGCCUGCAGCUGUGCGCGCUCCAGUGCAGGUUCCGAAUGAGGCAGUAUCUGGCGCUACCUGAGCGCGCGGCGCUGGCCGCUUCACUAGGUCUCACGCAGACACAGGUGAAGAUUUGGUUCCAGAACCGUCGCUCAAAGUUGAAGAAGCUGUGUAGAAACGGGCAGAUGCCACCGGAACAGCAGGAGAUCCCGUGUGACUCCCCUAGGUCCAGCAGCUCUCCUCAGGCCACAACGGUGCACUGGGCCCCCCAUGGGAUUACCGAGACAGGAGGCUCAAGCAAUGAGCAAGACUGUAUCCCUCCAAUCGCCCCAUCCUUUUACAGUAACUACUCUUGGUACUCAGCAACAGACUCUGUGGCACUCUCCCAGCUGAGUCCAGUACUACAUCAGCAACCUAAUCCUACAGUUGAUGUGGGGUCAAUUGAUUGAUAUACAGGAUAAUGAAAACCUGCUAAAGGGAAAAGCUAUUUGUGUGGACUCUGCUUUCACCUGGCAGGAAUAUGAGCAAUUUGGGCUUUUUAUUUAGCAGAUAAACUGUUUAUGACCAGUUUAUUUCAACGAAUUCCUGUAUGUUUGAGAAUAACGUUGCUAUCGAAUAUUGUGUAAUAAAUGUGCCAUAUUGUACAUAUGAAAAUAAUGUGGCC